UACGUUUUUUUGAUCUGCCACUAGUAUGUCGCACCCAACGCCACCGCCCGCGCCGACAUCACCAGCACGUAAAGCCGCGCCCUCUCCUUCCAAGGCUGGCGCGCAACUGGUGUCUGCCACGCCGCCAUUAUCUCCAGCCAGAUCUCCCGCCAAGUCUCCGGUCAGGUCGGCUGUGCCUACGCCAGGCUCGCCAUUACACCGUGCGACGCAGUCCUUUGAAUCGUUAUACACGUUGGGAAGGCAAUUGGGCGAAGGCAACUUUUCCAUCGUGAAGGAGUGCAAGCUCAAGGCCACGGGCGAGACGUUCGCUGUCAAGUGCAUCAAGAAGGCGUCACUGAAGAAGAAAGAUCUGGCCAAUAUCCACCGCGAGAUGGACAUCUUGUUCAAACUCGACCACCCCAACAUCGUCAAGCUGAUCGACGUGUUUGACAACGAGGCCGGCGACAUGUGCUACCUCGUCAUGGAGCUCGUCACGGGCGGCGAACUCUUUGAUCGAAUCAUAGCCAAGGACCAUUACACAGAGAAUGAGGCCAAGGUCGUCGUGCGAACGGUCGCCAGUGUCCUCGUGUACUGCCAUGCCCAAGGCAUUGCCCACCGUGACCUCAAACCAGAGAACCUCCUCUAUGCGACCACCGCAGACAACGCCACCAUCAAGAUUGCCGACUUUGGAUUCGCCAUCAUCGCGGCCGAAGGCGUCGUCAUGCAAACCAUGUGCGGGACCCCGGGGUACUUUGCCCCAGAAGUGAUUGCACAUCGUCCGUACGAACAAAAGUGCGACAUUUGGAGCUUGGGGGUGAUCACGUACAUCUUGUUGUGUGGAUUCCCUCCGUUUUACGACGAAAGCUCGGUCCAAGAGAUGGAAAAGAUUCGGCGGGCCGAAUACGAUUUCCCGUCGCCAUACUUUGACGACAUCUCAGACCUGGCCAAGGACUUUAUCCGGAAGAUGCUCGUCGUCGACGUCGAGUCCCGGCUCAGCGCCGACGACGUCCUCGCGCACCCGUGGCUCGUGGACGCCACCGCCAACCCGACGCAGGCCGAGCUGGACGCGAUGCCGCAGCUCCGCCACGUCGGCACGAACCUCCAGAACCCCGGCGCCAUCCGAGCCAAGUUCAAGCGGGGCAUCAACGCCGUGAUGGCGCUCAAUAAGACGGGCCGCCUCGUCGCAACCAAGAAAGGAAAAGUCUAGGGACGUUCAACCUAUACUAACGUGCCCAGUGUCAAUGUCGUCGACGGGUUGUGAACGGUGGUGGAAAACAUUCAAAGCAUGGACGACGGAUGGGUUUAGUAUUUGGUGCUGGCGUUGGUGCUGUUAUUGGAGCUAUAUGAGUCGAGGAGCUGGCGAACGCUAUAAAGUAGGGACUGGGUGGCACAUGUACAGUAGGCAAGUAAGGG